AUGGGCCACCAAAUUUACUUAGAUCUCUCAAGGCCUGAGAAAGUCAGGCAAAGGUUCGCAAAUCAGCAGCGAACCCAGUUUCGCCAAAGCGCGGUAACAGGUACCCUAGGGUUCCACAGCUCGGAGUUCUGGGCGCGGUCCGCGCACAGCCUGCCAAGCCUCACUUGGCCCCAGCCCGCGCCCCGCGCCCCGGAGAUCCUCGACGCCCCUGCGAACGCGGGGUGGACGCGACGGGCUGGGUUUGGUCCUCGCCCCGCGGCCCCGCCCCCGCCCCGAGCCCCCCGCGUUACCAGCACCCCGCGGACCGCGCUGCGCUGGGGGCGGCCGGUGCGUCGGGGCGCGGCGUUCCCAGCCGCCGCGACCCUCUGCCCCAGCGGAGCGCUGAGCUUCGGCCGCUCCCGGUUUCGGUUCCUGCCACGGCCGAGGUGGCUGCGGCGAAUGUGGGCGACCCGGCUCUCCGGCGCCCUCGCCCUCCCCUCGUGCUCACCUUUCCAGUCGGACGGGCUGCUGGUGAAGGGCCGGCGCCGCUCCGCGCGUCCUUUUGAACUCAACGGGGGCGGGCACCGCGGAGUCGCGGAGGCCAGCAGAGGCCGAACGAGGACCCCGAGCGGAGGAAGCCGCGGGUGGCGCGCGGGGUCUGUGUCCCGAAGCUUGGCAGAUGAGCGAACUUAGCCAGCACACCCCCGGCCGUGAAGCAGAGAGGUGAAGCGGGGAGAGCAACGAGCCCCACCCGGGUCUUGCCAGCUGGACGUUCUUGUGGGGCAGCGUUGAGCAGCGGUUAGGAGUGUCGUGGACUUUGGAUUCAAACAGCCCCAGCUCUUCUGCUUGCUAGCUGGGUGACUCUGGGCAAAUUAACAUCUCGAAAAUCUGUUUCCUCAUUCUUAAAAUGCGGGGCUGAAAGUGAUCAUGCCUGUAAAGCCAUCUCAUAUCCAUGGUUCUAGAGCAUGGUGAGCACCUCAAUUUGAAUAAUCAGUGCCAUGCUUUAGCUACCUCUUGACUCACUCGUUUGUGGCAGGAAAUGUUCCCAAAUUAAUCAGAAGAAUUCAGUGACUAAGAGGAUGUAAUAGUAUAUAACGCAGGCACUGGAAUCAG